AUGGGUAUAGGAUAUGUGCUUUGUUCUUGAUGUGUGUUAAGGGGGGAAAACAAGUAUUUGGGAGCUCCUUAGUGAAACGGCUAGUGACGAUAGUUUGCUAGUGAUACAAGUGUUAGUGAACAAAGUAUGAUAUUAGAUGGAUGGAAUGCAAUAAUAAUAAUAACUGGUGGCCUUGGCCGAAUCAAACAAUGAGAGAGAUUGUAUAUAUGAAUUCUUCUACUACAAGUGUUCUUGGAAAAUAAAAGUGACCAACCCCUUUAAAGGAAGGGGACGUGCCCUAUUUAUAGUGGCACCCCCAUGGUUCUCAUACAAUAUGAGUUAAUAAAAUAAUAAUAAAAAGGACUGCUCUGCACGGAUUUGGUGGGAUUAGACUGACGGCGCCGUCUGACACACGCAUGGUAGGUAGCUGACCAUGACUGGACGUUACUGGAGCGUGACCCGUCUGCAACGGCCACACGGACAAACGGUCACUCGGGCUAAUGGUCAUGCGGACCAACGGCCAUGAAAUCCCGAGUCCUUGGGCUUGGCCAUUUCAAUGAUGCAGAGGGCAGAUCAGUUGGUGCCCUUGCUCGGCUUCGGCCCGGGCAUUGUUUCGGUCAAGGGCGAGUAGCCUCGGGCGCAUCAUUGUUCCUUCCUUCGGUUCCCGUUCCACCGGUUUGGCUCACAUCCGGCUUUUACCGUAUACACUAAGUACAGUAUUGGUUGCUCUUAAUGCAGAAUGGAAGUUCUAAAGUGUUGCUUAGUGCGGUUCCUGGUGUUUGGAAUGGCAUAUCAGCUCUGAUGAAGUCCAAUUCUGCAGCUCGGAGUCCUUUGCUUCGCAAGUAUCUUGUGAAGCUAUCUCAAAGGAUUGGGAUGAUCUGUCUCCCUCCACGUCAUCUGUCAUGGAGAUACGUGGGUAGAACCAGCACGCUUGGAGGGUAUAUUAGUGUCGAUAGAAUCAAAAUGGACCAGUACAAUGAUGCCAGAAACGAUGAUCCUUUGAACUUCUAUCAAAGCCCAAACUGUCAGGAAGAAGAAGACUCGGAUGUUCCUGAUAUAGCAGAAGAGAUUAUUGAAUUACUGCUUUCAGGAAUGCGUGACACGGGCACCAUUGUGCGUUGGUCUGCUGGAAAAAGUAUUGGCGUUGUUACUUCACGGUUAACUUUCUUGCUUUUAGAUGAAGUCCUUUCAUCUGUUCUGGAGCUCUUUUCACCUAGCAAGGGUGACAGCUCAUGGCAUGGUGGUUGUUUGGCGCUAGCUGAAUUGGCACGUAGAAGAAUGCUGUUACUGAUUAGGUUUCGCAAACUUGUUCCUGUUGUUAUGAAGGCAUUACACUAUGACGUUCGAAGGGGUCCACAUAGCAUUGGAUCCCAUGUACGUGAUGCUGCUGCUGCUUAUGUUUGUUGGGCAUUUGGCUGUGUAUAUUGCCAUGCAGCUAUGAAAAGCAUACUUGAACAGCUUGCUCCACACCUUCUCACCGUGGCCUGUUAUGACCGCGAGGUUAAUUGUAGAAGAGCAGCCGCAGCUGCUUUUCAAGAGAAUGUUGGACAACAAGGAAAUUAUGCUCAUGGUAUCGAUAUAGUGAAUGCAGCUGAUUACUUUGGCUUUCUUCACGUACAAACUCCUAUCUUGACAUUGCUGUGUGCAUUGCUCAGUAUGAUGUCUAUCUUUAUCAUUUUGUUGAUGAGCUUAUGAACAGCAAGAUCUGUCACUGGGACAAAAGUUUAAGAGAGCUUGCUGCAGAUGCCCUUUCUUCUCUUGCUAAGUAUGAUCCUAGAUAUUUUGCUGGUACCAUUUUGGGGAAGUUAUUGCCUUGCACAUUGUCUUCUGAUUUGUGCAUGUGUCAUGGUGCAACUUUAGCUGUUGGGGAAGUUAUAUUGGCUCUACAUGAGUGUGACUACGUUCUUUCACCAGAUCUGCGGAAUCAAGUUGCAGGCGUGGUUCCUGCAAUUGAGAAAGCACGGCUGUAUUGUGGAAAGGGAGGAGAAAUAAUGCUUUCUGCUGUUUCCCGUUUCAUUGAAUGCAUUUCAUUGGCUUGUGUCAAUUGUCCAAUUGACAGAUAAAAUAAAGCAGUGUCUGCUUGACACACUCCAUGAUAAUCUGAGACAUCCUAAUUCUCAGAUACAGGUUUAUCGUCUGACUUUGUCAGUUUCCUGCUGAUUAGCUUCGAUUGAAUGAAUUGCCUGAUUUAAUAGUAUGUUUGUAGGGUGCUGCUGUUGCAGCCUUAAAGAGCUUUUUUCCUGCAUACCUUGUGGCUUCAGAAAGUAAAAGCUUCAGUGCCCUUACGUCAAGAUGCCUUGAGCAAUUGACUGAUCCUACUGUGGCUGCUAGACGAGGAUCUUCACUCGCGCUUGGUGUUUUGCCAUUUAGGUUUCUACGCGGUAGUUGGAGGUAUAUACUCCAGAAGCUUUGUGCUGCUUGUGAAAUUGAGGAUAAUCCUGAAGAAAGAGAUGCUGAAGCACGGGCAAAUGCUGUCGAAGGACUGGUAUCGGUGUGUGAAAGUUUAACCGAGACACGAGAUAUUUCCCAUCUGUUGUCUGCAGAAGAAUGCAUAUCUCUAUACGUGUUUAUUAAAAAUGAGGUUAUGCUGACUUUAUUUAAAGCUUUGGAUGAUUAUUCUAAAGAUAACAGAGGUGAUGUUGGUUCUUGGGUUCGUGAAGCUGCCAUGAACGGCCUUGAAAGAUGCACAUAUCUCUAUGCUAGGGAGAACUCAAGGGCUUCCUUAGCAAGUCGGAACGAAUGGAACUUGGAUCUAUUUCUCAGUUGAAUGAGAAAGAUAUUACUAACCAGAUGAAAUUUCUUUUUGAUGAAAAUGUGGCAACCUGUUUAGUUGGUGGCAUUGUUAAACAAGCAGUGGAGAAGAUGGACAAAUUAAGAGAGUUAGCUGCAAAGGUUCUUCAAAGAAUUUUGCACAAUAAAUCAAUUUUUGUACCAUUCAUACCCCAUCGAGAGAGACUAGAAGAAAUAGUUCCUGACGACGCUGAUCUGAAAUUGGGGGUUCCUACUUUCUCACAUCCUCGUUUUAUUCAGUUACUUGGUAGCAGUUGCUAUAGAAAAUAUGUGAUAUCGGGGUUGGUUAUUUCCAUUGGUGUCUUGCAACGUUCAGUGACGAAGGAAUUACUCAGUGCUUUGCUUGAAUUUCUUCACCCAACAGAUGAAAAUACUAUUGAGGAUAUUCUUAAACAUGGAGGCUCAGACUGCGGUGUUCUGUGCUGGCAUUUUAGAAGUUCUUAGUACAGAGCUGAAAGGAGUAGAAGACUUAAAAAUCCUGAGUUCAAUGCUUGGAUACAUAUCAUCAAUAUCGGAGUCCAUCCAUAUCCAGGCAUUUGGUCAUCUACUUACCUUCCCCACUCACCCAUAUCAACAGGUAUAAAAAAGCAGCCGCAUAAGUGAAAACCUAUGUUGCUCGGACUCUUCAAAAAUGUCAACGAGUGCGUGUCGGAUUCUCAAAAAUAGUGUAUUUUUGGAGAAUCCCUGUGGCAUCAAAAGUGAAGAGUCCGUGCAACUUAGGUGAAAACAUAUGCCAAAAUAAACUGGACAUCUUCUAAACAAUUGUUUUCAAAUAUUUCUGCAAAUAAGUGAAGCCAGUGCCGUGCAAGUUUAUAAUGUGCUACAAAAUGGUAUUCUUGUGCCAGAAGACAAACUAGAGAAAGCAUGUGAGGUUAUGUCUGAAACUUGCUGGGAGGUGACGUUGAAGAUGCAAAACGGAAGAGAUUAGAGCUCUGUGCCACAUGCAACUUAGAUUUUGAGACAUUAUCGAAAGCAAAUGGUGGAACAUCUCGUAAAGUUGUGGAACAGGCACCCACCAGUGAUGAAUAUGCAUCAUAUUUUUCACUUGUUGAAUCAUCUGGGUUUUAGUUUCCUUGUUUUACAGUUCGGGAAAGACUGCCACCAUAGUAAUGGUUCAAUGGUCGAACAAUUAUAAAGGAGGACUAAUGCUCGUCAUUUGCGCUUAGGAAUCAGAACCUUGUGCUAUCACAGGGUUCUUUUAUUACAUCAGAAGAGGGGGUGGGGGGAAAGGAAAAGCGGAUGCUACACUACUGAUGGGAUUUGAGCUCUCCACCUCAACUGCGAAAGGCAGGAGCUCACCAAGCGAGCUAGCCCUAAACCCCUGUGAGCUAUCACAUUGAUGAUUGUCACUGUUCUGAUUUUGUUCCCUUGUUUUGUUGAGUGUUUCAAACAUUACUUCCAGCAAGUAGGAAGCGUAGGAGUCUGGCCGAGUUAGUUCAUAACAUGAUCGCAAAUUGUGGAAAACUGGAAAUGCUUUCAUUAAAUAGGUAAUUCGAAAUAUGGUACAGGUGCAAUUCAUUUGUAUUCUCAAAGGUGAUCGAAUCGAAUACAAAUGAUAUGGAGAAAGAUUGGUGCACCCCUAGGCAUUAGAUGUCAACACAUCUCCACUAGAGCUUUGUUAAACACUUGGUGGAACAAAAAACCAAUGAAUAAAGUUCACAAGUUUACUCUCCAAAUCUGUCCAGUGAUCAUUCUAUGGCAAUUGUGGAAGGAGUGGACUGCUUGCAGGUUUGGAAACCAAAAGAAAUUUUCACAUUACAAUCUAGAGCUACAUUGCUUGUGGCACAUCAAAACAGCUUUGAAUAAUGCUUUUCCUAAUGUGAAUACUGAGGGAAGUUGGAUCCACAUUUUGGAUAUGAUAGAAAACCUCAAUCCUGCUAUGAGAUGCAUCACUGUUUAUUGGGAAAAACCUGAAAGAGGAGAAGUCAAGCUUAACACAGAUGGGAGCUACAUUACAGUUAAUGGAAGGGCAGGUGCUGGUGGUAUGCUGAGGGAUGAAAAUGGAGAUUUUAUAGUGGUAUUUUCCUUUCCUAUAAACUGUAAGAGCAACAAUGAGGCUGAAGCAUUGGCUGUUAAUGAAGGAAUUGAUAUUUGCAGACAGAAAGGAAUUAACAAGCUGAAAAUUGAAAUAGAUUCUCAAAUCAUUUCCAACAUGCUAAUCAACAGAGGAACUGACAACCUUAACCUUAAGCACAUUAUCAACAACAUUGUUAACAACAUCAAUGGUGCAGAUAUUCAGAUUAAUCACUGUUAUAGGGAGGCAAAUCAAGUGGCAGAUUUCCUUGCUAAACUUGCUUCAACAAGUAGAAAUAGGACCUUAUAUCAUUCUCUUCAAGACUUACCAAGAGAAGCAAAGGGGCUACUUCAACUUGACAAAUGGCAUCUUCCUACUGUUAGAAGGAGAUUUGAAAAAUGUAACUUCUUUGUUAGUUAAUUUGAUUACUAUUUUUAGAUUUGGGAUGGACACUGUAUAGGCUGCUAGUCCUCCCUUUAGAUUGUUUUAACAAUUUUUGUUGCUCAUUAGAGGCAAGUUUCAUGUCCUCCUCUAAUUCUGUAAGUUUUUGCUUAUAUACAGGGGUGUAUGUAGCAUCAAA